GCUCCCGGCAACGCUGAGCUCUUCCCGAUUUCGAUCUUGCUUGCUUAUGGCAUGCAAUUGGAGGUGAUACUCUGCAGCGUUUGCUGCCACACCAUCUGGCCAUCGCUACCGACAGAUUUCCGCCUUAGCUCCAUCUUGACAGGAUUGUCAUGGUUCGCGGUCCCAUUCCCGCCGCGGCGUGGCUUCCGCAGGGUCGCCUCGCGCCGCGCUCUCGGCCGCUAUGUCCAGCCCUCGCCAUCUCUCUCUCGGCCUCUCCAAUAUUCCCCUUAAACCUCACUCCUGUUCCAGCGCGACAAUACGGGACGAAUCGAAGUAGCGACAACUCCGGUGCGGAUGAAAAGGAAGCUCGGGAGAGCGCCAAAGACGACGCGAUCGCCGAUUCGGCAGCGGACGCAGCAAGGAAAGACACCACGUCGGCCCAGGCCCUGGCAAGCGAGGCUACAAGCUCGUCCACCGCAGGGUCUUCGGUCGUUAGCGAUGUGCAGGAUUGGGAAUAUAACCCAAACCUGAAAAUCGAGUCGUUCAAGGACCUGCCGCACGCCAAUUUCGGGGUGAACCAGCACAUCCCUUUCGACCAAGAAUUCAAAGAUGUUUUGAAGGCGAUUCCCUGGCAGUUCCGCGCCCCGAUCCGGUAUGCAUUCGCCUACGGGUCUGGCGUGUUUCCUCAGUCCAAGCCCUCCGGGAGGAUUCCGACGGCCGAGGAGAUCCGCGCCGUUCAUCCGAAGGCGCCGCCCGCCGUGCAGAGGGCGCAGGACGGCACCCCCAAGAUGAUUGACUUCAUCUUUGGCGUCUCCCACACCCAGCACUGGCACUCUCUAAAUAUGAAGCAACACCGUGACCAUUACUCGUCGCUCGCAAGCCUCGGUUCCGGCGCCGUCUCGUAUGUUCAGGAUAAGAUGGGAGCCGGCGUCUACUUCAACCCUUACGUUGUCGUAAACGGCAUUCUGAUAAAGUACGGCGUCGUGCAACUCGGCACAUUGGAAAAGGACCUGACCCAGUGGGAUACGCUGUACCUGGCCGGAAGGUUGCACAAGCCCGUCAAGAUUCUGCGGGACGAUCCGAAGAUCCGGCUGGCCAACCAGAUGAACCUCCUCUCAGCGCUACGGACGGCGCUCCUGCUGCUACCCCCAAACUUCACAGAGGAGGAGCUGUACGCCACCAUUGCCGGCAUCAGCUACCUCGGCGAUCCGCGGAUGGCGCUGCCCACCGAGAACCCGCGCAAGGUCAAGAACAUUGUCGGCCACAACAUGGCCAACUUCCGACGUCUCUAUCUCCCACUCAUCGAGACGCUCCCUAACGUCGCAUUCACCGACUCCAACCCCAGCGGCCAGGACUGGAUCUGGGACGAGACCAAGAACCUCAAGCUUGCCCAGGACAUGGACCCGGUCAAGCGCGGCAACAUGGUGCGGCGGCUGCCCAAGGCCUUCCGCUCGCGCCUCUACUUCCAGUACCAGAAGAAGCUGGCUAUGCCGGCCGACGAGUUCGACAAGAUGAUGGAGGAGAGCGAGAAGGAGGACGCCGUCGCGUUCAAGAGACGCGAGGGCGGCGGGUUCGAGCGGCGCAUCGCCCAGGACGACCCCGCCGAGCUGCGCAACUACAUCCGCACCGUCAUCAAGCAGACCAUCGGCUGGCCGGCCACCACGCAGUCGCUCAAGGGCCCGCUGACCAGCGGCUUCCGGAGGACGUGGCGGUACUUGAGGGAGAAGAUGGACAAGUACCGCCAGGGGCGAGAGGCUGAAAAGGCCAAGGCUGCCGAGAAGGGCGCUGCGGAUGGAAUCCCUAGUGAGGGCGGUGAGAAGAAACCGUGAAUCGAUAGGGUUGUGCUGCUGGUAGCGGACGCGGGCUGGCUGCUCGAAUCGAACGCGUGUUCUGAUUUGUACAUAAUAUGCAUGGCUUGUUGGCGGCACUCGGGAAGCGGGUUAGACAGUGGUCGGCGUUUGUCUUGGGUGCCUUGCCCAGGGGUUCAUGGUGUAGCCUGUGGAUCAAAUAGAAAGCAGUUGCCCUGACAAAGGGGUUUGACGUCUACAUGU